UCUGCCUCUUUUCCAGUUUGUACCUCCACAGGUCAGGUUCUUGCCAGCAAUGUCUUCACCACAUUGAUUUCCUGAGGGAAAUGAGACAGCUGGCUGUUAUAGUCCCAGGUACAGGCAAUAGCAGCACUGCGAUAGCUUUAGUGACAAAAUUCCCGGAGGAUUUGGGGUGGUUGUAAUGUUGUUGUUGUUGUUUUGUUUUGUGGUAGCACCCCACAGCCCUAAUCAUAGACCAGGAUCUCCUUGUGCCAGGUGCUGUACAAAUACAGAACAAAAGGAUUGUCCUUCCCCUGAAGAUCUUACAGUGUAAGUAGUCCUGGCUCCCUCUAGUAGUUGUUUAAAUACCUGCAACGUGCUCACAGUUAAAGGAAUUCUUUUUUAAUGGAGGCCUGUGUUUUUGGGGCUGAAGGUUCAGUGUUUGGUCUCUUUUGUCUGUAUGUGGCCAAGGUGUGUGUGUUUUUUUUAAUGGUUUUCCUUCUGCAUGUGUAGUUAUGUGUGUCUGUACAUAAGAAAUGUAGGUGUAUUUAAAAAAUGUAAGUGUGCAGUUGUGUACCUCUGGGCAUUGUGAUCUGCAGUGCUGAUGAAGGAGCCAGACUGGCAGCCCUGGAGACUCAAGUCCCAUCUUUAUGCACAAAACAGACACAGUAUGGGCAACAUGAGUGCCAGCUUUGUCCACACUGUCCCCCAAGGCUCUGCUCUGGAGGGGGCCCUCUCUAGGAGUGAGGGGGGAGUUCACUCCUUAGGCUCAUCACUGAGAUUGCUAACAAGGGGGCCAUUUGGUGCCAGCAGUGUGGGUUGUUUUGUGAUGUGGGACCCAAUUCAGCCCAGAUGAAACCAGAUGCAUUGGAGUCAAUAGGAGAUAAGCCUCCUUACACCAGAACCAUACGAGGCCCCUCAUCUCUCUGUAUGGUCUGUAAACUCCUUAUCUACAAUGGACAGACAGGUGCGCAGUAUUAGCUGUAAUAGAUCAAACCUCUGAACCCUCCUUCUGUGUAAUACAAGCCACAGACUGAUAGCAGGAGAGAGGAAGAGGUGCCAGUUCUGUUUCCAGACCUCUCCCAUUCCGUAUAAAGCAGAACUACAUGGACAUCAAUAAUCCCAGCUGAGGGUUUGUUGCCAGCUCUGCUCCUGCCAGAACGAGAGAGGGCAGCACAGGCCUGUGUAACUAACAAAUGAGGUUGGGUGUCUUCAUAACCUAAUGUGAACAAACCUCCUCGGGAAACGUUUUUGUGAGUGAAUUUUUUAAAAGGCGCUGAAAAGCGAUGUGUUUAAACAUUUACUGAACCGUUUCUCUGGAGCAUCGGCAAUCUAGACAACAGCAUGGUGGUGGUGCAUGAAACCUGCUAGGGACAGAAAGUAACUGUCCAGUCUGGUUUUCCCUUGCAAGUUAAAACUUAAUGAAUUUCCAGCCCCACUGAUUUAGCAGGAUUUUGCAGUGGGCUAAAGAAAUUCCAUAAGCUCUGAGUUAGGCAAGGCCCGGCCCUAUAACAUCAGACUGCAGUAUUGCCAUCCCCGAGUGUUCAAAAAUCAUGAGUCAGCCCUUGAAAAAUUAUUAUAUUGUCUUAAAAAAGAAAUUAAAAAAUACAUUCUGUGUUCUUCUCGUUUGCUUUCUGGUUUUUGAGUUUUUAUGGUGCAUACAGAUCACGUUUUCCAGCUUUUCUCUUCAACCAGGAGGGCCAGAAACUUUUGUUGUUGUUUUUAAAUGAAAGCUGAGAUUCUCAUAUAUUCACAAGACUCCAGGAAUUGGGACUUUAAUAAAAGUUGCAUAUAGUGCAAGAUGAUAAAAUCAUGAUUGUUUGUAGGACUGGUACUGUCGAGAAUAUGGCCUCCUAUUUAGUAAUUUUUUAAAUUUAAUUAUGUAAAUUUAGUGCUUAAGAAUGGUGCUGUUUUGAUAGCCGUGGGGUCUGAUGUCCUCUAAGAACAUAAGAAUGGCCAUACUGGGUUAGACCAAAGGUACAUAUAGCCCAGUGUCCUGUCUUCUGACAGUGGCCAAUACCACGUGCUUCAUAGGGAAUGAACAGAACAGGUAAUCAUCGAGUGGUCCAUCCCCUGUUGUCCACUCCCAGCUGCUGGCAACAGAACAGAUAUAGCACGGAGAGCAAAAGGCAAGCUUCCCCCACACUGUUCUCCUUGAUUAUCUCAGCUGGAGAAACCACCAUCCCUGGAAGUAAAAAGGAAGUUAAUCUUAAUAAUAAUAUUUAGUUAUAAUCUAGUGCUUUUCAUCCAUAAAUCUCCAAGGUCUUUACAGUGCUCAUUUUACAGAUGGAGAACCCUAGCACAGAGAAGUAAAGUAAUUUGCCCAGCAUCAUCAAUCAGUGAGUCAGGGGCAGAACUGGGAACAGAUGUUCUGAUUCCUGGUGUUAUGAUCUGCUGAACCACACUGCCUCUUCAAGACCUGCUCAAAUUGGUGGCUCUGCUGAGACGGCUACUCAAGGAGUUGCGGGGGUCGUGCCUGCAGACGGGCAACGCAUGGAGAUCCCCUUCCCCCCAGGAGCCGCUGCCGAACAUGCCGGCUGCUUCCAGGAGUGGCAUGGGGCCAGGGCAGACAGGGAGCCUGCCUUAGCCCUGCAGCAUCACUGCCUGAGAGCAUGCCUUCUCCUGGGAUAAGCCACAAAGGGUAGACUGGAAUCCAUGAAAGCACAAACAGAAGUCCGGAUCCCGUGAUCACAUUGACCAGGCAAGAGGCAGAGUCACAGCCGUGUUCGUACCCAUGCCAGUGCCCCUCUCAGCCGCUGCAGUGCCCUGUUGGCACCAGCCACGUGUGGGAUACCUGCGGAUGCUGUAAAGUGUGUGCCCGGCAGCUGGGUGAGCUGUGUUCCCUUCAGACACCCUGCGAUCCCCACAAGGGACUCUACUGCGACUUCUCCAAAAUCCACAGAGACGUCGGGAUCUGCUUAGCCCACGAGGGGGCGACCUGUGACCUGCUGGGGAAUAUCUAUCCCAACGGUGAGAGCUUCCAGCCCACCUGCAAGCUGCAAUGCAUCUGCAUGGACGGCGCCGUCGGCUGCAUCCCCCUGUGCGCCGACGACCUGCGGCUCCCCUCCCCGGACUGCCCCCACCCCCUCCGGGUCAAACGCCCAACCCAGUGCUGUGAGGAGUGGAUUUGUCAAGGGGGCAGCCAGGAAACGGCCCUGGCAGUUUACAGGGAGAACCCAGCGCCCAGGCCUGAGCUGAACGACCUCCAGGAGAACUGCCUAGUCCAGACCACCGAAUGGAGUGCCUGCUCCAAGAGCUGUGGGAUGGGCAUCUCCACCCGCGUCACCAAUGACAACCCCCAGUGCCGCUUGGAGAAGGAGAGCCGACUCUGCAUGGUCCGGCCCUGCGACUUCCCCAGGGAGAAGAUCAUCAAGAAAGGAAAGAAGUGCGUGCGGACCCCAAAGUCCCGUCGGGGAAUCCGCUUUGAGUUCUCGGGCUGCACCAGCGUCCGCUCUUACCGGCCCAAGUUCUGCGGGAGCUGCACAGACAGCCGCUGCUGCACGCCCCACACCACCAGCACUGCGGAGGUGGAGUUCCGGUGCCCGGAGGGGGACUUCUUCCACCGUAAGCUAAUGUUCAUCAAGACGUGCUCCUGCCACCAUGACUGCCCCAGGGACAACGACAUCUUCCUGGCCACCUACCGCAGAAGGAUGACCGGUGACCAUGUCAAGAUAGAGAGGCAGUAGCCCCUCCUCUCCCUGAUCCGGCUAAUGCGUUGAGCGCUCUCAAGUGCCUGCCGAGCUGGUUCCUUUUGAGGAUGCUGAGGCAGAACAAGGCGAGCCUGGAAACAGAGAUGGGCCGGGACUGAAAUCCUGAUCCAAAUUCCCCAGACUUCGAGGCAGUUUGGAUCCGGAUCUAAGCCUUGCGGCCCAGGCCCAUUUCUAGCUGAAAGUGAAGUGGGUGAGCCGUUCCUUAAAGUCCCUGCUGUGCCAGUACCUGGCAGCAAACCCAGGGCAGGAGGCAAAGGAGAGGUCCAGGAAGUCUGAAUGUACAUCAACGUGCUAGGCCUGUUUCCCAUUAAACAACAGACUAAGGCCCUGGUGCAUCGGCAUCUAGCUUUUUGCAAUGCAUCCCUGUAAAUGAAAGUAGCCCAAGCCCAGUGAUGGGUUAGUGCCGUGGCUGUCAGUCACUCUUGACUGACACCUGCUACGUCUUGGUGCUGUUUGACAAAUUCUCUUCCCCUGCUCAGUGCCCCUGUUCAAUACCCUCUGUCCCAGAGCAGUCAGCAGCUCGAGAGUCCUGUGCAUUCACUGCGUGUCUCUGACAUCAGCCAUUUUUCAAAAGCCAGAUGGUCCUGCAUGUGCCCUUGGGUCUACUGAGAACAGCAGAGAGCGUUACAAGGGGUUGGCCAUUCAGUCCCACUGCAAGAGACCUGACAUUGCUGUGUGGCUUUCUUUGGAAAAUCCAGACCCAGUUCGGGACAUCUCUGUAGACGAUGGGGCUGUCACUCUGCUCACUGGCAAUGCAGAAAGGGCUCUAGGGCCUGAUUCUGAUCUCAGAUACCCCAGUGGAAAUCAGGAGUAACUCCGGAGAGCACUGCCAGGGUAAAACUGGGAUGUGCUAGAUUAGAAUCAGGUUCCCAUCCUGAAAAAUCGCAGCCAACAGAUCUGCUCCUGUAACUUCUGAGUCCCAUGUGUAGACUUUACUGCCAGAAAAUUAGUAUUUCCUACUUUUCACGUCUGUUACCGCAUCAGAGCCGGAUCUGUUGUGGGAGAGUGAGCUGGCUUCUCUCCUGGCUCGUGCAUCAGCAACAGAAUUGCAAACUACAUUUCAAGUUGUAGAGUCUUUAUUCCUGGUGGUGUGUGAACAGGAAGAACCCAGCUCAGGUCAGAUCCCAGGGAGAGUUUGAGGUGCCAGAAGGAAAAAAACAACAACAAUUGUUAACUGUAAACUGAGCAGAUUUGCCCUGGAGUUGUUGAGACGACAACAUGAAAAGCUCUGACUGGGGCCCUGUGUGUCAGUCAUGGGAUACAUCUCUUGCCGCAGAACUAUGCUUCAUAAUCUCAGCUUCCAGUAGAGAAAAUCGUUGCUAAUCCUCAGAGUUACAAACAAAAAUCUUACAAUUGUAGCCCAAGUGUAACCAAUGCAGGGGUAUCUACCAGAGUGUGCAACCAGCCUGAAGCAAUAGCUUUGAGAGAUGUGAACCGUUUGCCUCAGUGGGGUGUUAACUCUGAAAACUAAUGAGGGUCCAAAUAUCAACAUUACUAUUUAACGCCUGCUUGUUUUAGCAGAAACAUCCAGCUAAUGGGCUGAUCCCACCAGUGCCUUUUGUCUCCAUUCUUUAAUUCAUCUGAAGCUGGGACAGAAUUUCUACCAGAAUGAUGCAGAAUCAAGGGGCCUUGCUGCAGAACUGAGGUCCAACCAACUGCAGAGGCUGGGACCGUGCCUAUGCUGCCAUCCAGACCUGUAUUUCAGAGCAGAGCUUCCUUUCAAAUAACAUUCCAGGCAGUUGCUAAAUGCCGCCCUUCGCUUAUAGGCUUCAAAGCAUCAUCCCUGACUUGGCCACUGAAAUGCCCGGGGUAUAAAACAUCACCUCUUUUCCUCCAUCCCCCAACAGCUGCAGCAGCAUCGCUCCCAUCACAGCCGCUCCUGGAGCUUUGCCCUCCUCUUGUUUGCGUUGGGAUUCAAACUGUAGUUUACGGUGUUGCUGUCGGUCAAACAGCCGGUUCUGGGGCCUUUCCAUGCUGUAAACUCCCCUGCCCCCGCCUCUUUGGUGCAGUUCUUCUGGGUUGGUGGCUGUUCUUCCUCUUGGCUGCCUGGCUUCAGAGGGUAAAACUAAAAUGAUGGUUGCACUUUACCUGA